AUUAUCGACACCAAUUUCAUUGGUUGAUGCAUAUAAUAGAAUAAUAAAUAUAUCGUAGUAACCAAGGUUUUAUCGAUUCAUACACAUUGAACACGCCUAGAAAAUUUUAAACUCAAUAACUUAUAAAGUUAUAGAUAUGGAUUAUGAUUUAUCACGAAUUGACUACACUCUUUGUAAUGUUACUUAUCCAGAAACCUUAAAAAUAUUACCCGCACCCGGACCUAAAUCGCAACAAAAGUUUGUUAUUGGAGACAAAAAUGGAGUAUUGCAGAGUUUGGGCAUAAAAGAUGAGGAACCAAUCGUACAAUUCAAAACUUUACCUGGAAAACCAAUAACGUCUGUUCAACUAGCAUCCACAGCAGAUAAAAUAUUUGCUGCAUCAGGGAAUGAAGUUAAAGGGUAUACAAGAAAAGGAAAAGUGUUUCUCACUUUAGAAACCUCGCUCUCAGAAACUAUAACAUCCAUGUGCGUUCUUGGCGGAGACUUGACCUUAUGUAGUGGACGUACUGUGACCUGCUACAGAGACUUACGGGAGCUACAUUCUUAUAUCUGUGAAGAUAGAGUAUUAGAUGUUGCUGCCUUUGCUGCACCGAAUAGCACUCGAAUAAGGCUGCUAGUCCUAGUUGCCAACAAGGGGGUAGAAAUUUUGGAUAAUGGUCAGCUACUAGCGCACGCUGCGAUAUCGGCCGGGCCGUCACGUCUGGCCGUGCCUCCACAGCUGCACAUCUCCACGGUCCAUGCCUUUUAUGGAGCAGCUGAUGGUUCUAUCGGAUACAUUACAUAUGAAGGUGCUAAACUUACAAGCAAAUGCUUAAUGGAAGGUCGAGGUUUAGGUACUGUGAUAUGCAUGGGAUGGUUCUUCAAUAACGCGGGAAGUCAUCUAGCUGUUGGACGUCACGAUGGCUCGAUACAACUCUACAUUGUUGACAUGGAAAAUCUGACCGAGAAACCCCGACUUAAGUUUACUUAUUUUUGUGGAGAGCCAGUAACAUCCGUAUGUGGCGGAUGUGUGGGUUCAGAGGAGAGCGAGCUGCUGGCGGCCACAUUCUCCGGCAGGAUAUUCGCUUUGCGCUCACAACGGCUCAUUUCGGGGAUGUCCAAUUUAGCCAACAUCCCGGCGGAAGCUCUUACUGCUCGUCGUGCUAAACUUGAAACAGAAAUUGCUCGAUUAGAGAAGCAAGUUACCAAUGAACGAGAAAAAUAUCAAAAGAAUACCCGGUCCCUACAUUCUGGAUUGUCAACGCCGCCUCUUUUGGAUAUUCAAUACGAGCUUUUUGGAGCUACUCACGACGGUUGGCAAGAAGCGCAAUUGACGUCGGCAGUUCCAUUGGACAUGCUUUUUAUUUACUGCAACAGAAAGUUAGAUUUGCUGACUGAUAGUGCAGCAGUACUCAGCGUAUGUUCUUCCCAGUCCCAGGAAAUAGAAAAGGAUCUUCUAGCUACAGUUAGAUGCCAAGCAGGGACAAGACGUUUAUGGGUUCGCAUAAGAUACAUAUUACAGGAGGGUAAUAAGUAUAAGAGAUCCCAAGCUGUACGCGUCCUGAUUUAUAUUUUACCAGCGGGUGCUCCAAGGGUGGCACGUCUAAUCACACUAAAGUUGCCAGUGCUACCAUAUUACUCUCAGCAUGAACAUCUAGAGAUAGAAAGUGAGGAAAGGUCAUGGUGUGAGCUGAGAGUAUCCGGCAGUUUCUCAGUUGCAGAGAUAACAUCAUGGCUGACAGACGCUUUACCCAGUGAACUUCCUAGACCCUCGAACAAUGUUGCUUUUUCGCGGUCUCAUACUCUGCUCAAGACUGUGCUUAUAGCUAGAUACCAACGCGGAUUAGCAGUUUUUAAGUCUGACAAUGUUUCUACCAUUGCCAUAUUAAAGGAUAUCAUGUCGAAUUGCUCUGUUGAGAAAAAUAUUCGAGUGGAGAUUUCUUUCGAUGUACCAAUUGAUAACUGUGAAAAGUCAUUCUUGGGGAUAAAAAGUCUGUUUGAAUCAGAGUACAAAAUGCAUAAGAAUAUGGUUUUGAAGAAGGCUCUCAGCUCUUUGGAUUUAGAGGGUGGUUCUAAUGAAGACAUUGUUUUAUGUGAAGAUUAUUUGCACCUAUUGGGAAAUACAAAAGAUUCUAAUAAGGAAUCACACUUUGAUGAGCUUGUUGAAAUGAUUGAACAAUGGUAUGUGGAUUGGAAAUCAUUUACACUACAAGGAUAUGAUCACCACAGUGGAAGGACAAAGCUGAAGAAAGCUCUACAUGACAAUAACUUUGAGCAAAUAAUAAAUAUCUUUAGUAAUAAAGACCUAUUAGUGCAGUAAUGUGUUCGAGAUAACAUAUAAUAAUGUGAUAAAAGAUUUAUUUUGACACUGCAAUCUGUGGAAAUCUGAUUGUUAGAUAGCCUUUCUAUCAUACACAGAAAUAAUUUUAAGCAUUACCAUCAAUCUUCAGACUCAACAAAACCUCCACACCUUAUUAUGUAUCAAUAACUUAAUUAGUAAAAAUAAAUUAAUUAGUAAUUGUGAUUAAUAA